AUGGAGGAGAUGCGCCAGUCUAUUCGCAUAAUGCUGCAAUGCAUGAACAAUAUGCCAGGUGGUGAGGUCAGAACAGAUGACGCUAAGAUCGUUCCUCCACUACGAGGGGAAAUGAAGGAGUCAAUGGAGGCACUCAUUAAUCACUUCAAACUCUUUACUGAGGGCUACAGAGUCCCUCCUGGAGAGACGUACACUGCCAUAGAGCAUCCAAAGGGCGAAUUCGGCGUUUACCUCGUAUCCGAUGGAAGCACCAGGCCCUACCGCUGCAAGAUCAGGGCCCCUGGCUUUCCACACUUGGCGGCCAUCGAUAAACUCUGCAAGGCAGGCCUACUUGCUGAUGUAGUUGCUGUAAUUGGUAAGAAUAUCCACUUCCUCUUUCACCCCCUUCGCUGCUCCUCCUCAUUUAUUCUUCUCAUUGUUUAUGAUUCUCCCCUCCAUGAGAAAUUCCGGUACCACCACGGACACUAA